CCUUGCUGAUUUUAUAGCGAAGCGCUGCCGAAGUGAAACGAGAUCAUCUCGCCAUUCGAGUUCGCGGUAUUUCAGAAACUUUCCAAGUGUUUUACUUCGAUCGUUGAAAGAUCAGGUAAUUCUUGAAGCUCGACUUCUGAUUUCGGAAUUUAAUAUAACCGAUUUUGGAUCUACAAGUCCAGUAGAGAACGUUAGGGGUAGGUGUGGGAUCAAAGUAGGAAGUUAACUGUUCUCAUCCAACUUGUAGUGAGUCCCGAAAGAUGUCGUCAGAAGAGACACUAAGUGUUGGAGGUAGCGAGGGGGAGCAAGGAUUGAGCUUGACCAGUGAGAAUGAGGUGGAGAGCUCAAGGAGCGAGAGGAGUAGGGGGGUUGGAGGUGAGAUGGUAGAGGUGGGGAUUCCUUCUAACAUAUUAGAGGUAGAUCCGGAUAGGGCCAAGUUCUAUAAUGAGGAGGACGAGGUGGUGGAAGAGGUGGCGGGGUACGAGAGUAUGUGGAGGAGUAGGAGUGACCUCGCCCACCUAGUAGAACAGUAUGCCAUUCCGAGGCACGUUCUACUUAGGCCGGCUAAGGAGAGGGAAAGGGCGUGCUCGGCUUCAAGGGAUCAUUGGAUGCCGGUGUACGGGCACUACUUAACAGCCAGGCUUAGGUUUCCAGUGCCCGAGCUGCUAGUGGCGCUGCUGCUGGAGUACGGGCUGGGGUUGACGCAGCUCGUCCCUAACGCGGUUCGGCUUAUCCUAGGAUUUUUAGUAUAUUGCCAAACUCGAGGUGUAAUCCCCACGUGGGAGAAAUCGGAGGUGGAGGUAACGGAGCUCAGCAGGUGGAAGAGGAAGAGGUCGAAUCCGAAUCAGUAUUCGUUGAGCUCGGGAGAGCAGGAUGAGGUGGAAAGGUUGGAGAAGAGAGGUGGGGACGUAAUGGACAUCAUGCAUUUCAGCAGUCCAGCAAUGUUAGAGGCGGUAGAAAUCUAUGGGCCGAGCUCUAUGACUGGAGAAGAGAUGAAUUGGCUGAUGUCCAAGAGGAAGACGGUAGCACUGCCGGAGAAGAGGUCGAAGACUCUGGCCGCACCCUCAGUGGGGGAGAGGGUGCUUGGUGGGACUUCAAGGUCUCGCCCAGAGGGGAGCGCCCGAGCUGAGGUGGGCCCUGGCUCAGAUCAGGGGAGGAAGAGGGCUGAGGAGGCUACAGCCCAGAAGAGGAAGAGGGUGGAGGAGGUGCAGCAUCCCCAAACCGACGCGCUGAUCGAGUUCGUACCUCGACCUCCGCCGGUGCAGAUUGACCCUGCUCUACGUGAAGUGGGGAUGGUGGGGCAUGGGAAGGGGAAGGAGUCCCCUAUUCCUAGGCAGAAAUCAAGCUUUUACGAAAGUACAAGCAAGACGGCUGCCAAGCGCUUCAUCAGGUCCACUUUUCCUGAGGUGGAUCUCAACAGAGCCCGGCAUGAGGUCGAGGAGCAUGGGGGCUCAGGAGUAGUGCGCCAUGCGCUCGAGACGGUGAAUCUCAUCAAUGCCUUGGCGGCUGAGUACUACGACUGCCUCAAGGAGAGGAAUAACCUCGUCGACAAAUAUGAUGAGCACAACCUGCAGAAGCAGUCGGCUGAGCAGAACUUCAAUGACCUGACUUCGGAGCUCGAGAAAGUCAGGGAGGAGUUGGUUUCUGCUAAGGCAGCCACCGAUGCUGAGGUGAAGAAGAGGAGAAGAGCCGAGGAAGAGCUGGCUAAGGCGCAAGGGGAAUUGGCUGAGGUGCAGAAGAGAACCGAGCUGGAGGUGCAUAACUCGGUUGAGAAGCAUGUCUCUGAGUUCGUCAAUUCGGAGACGUUUUCAGAGAUUGUGGACCUCUUCCGCAUGCCUACACUGGUGAUGGCAUUCAAUGACUGCAGGAAAAAGGUGAAGGCCCAGAAUCCUGAGGUCGAUGUGACGAAAGUCACUUUCGGACCAGAGGAGGCUGGAGUGGAAGAGGAUAGGGAGAGCAGAACAGUUGAGUUACGGCCGGACAUAACUCUUAGCUGGGAGCGGGACGAGGCUGGAAGAACUGUGCUCCCCCCACGUCUCGAGUACGAGUUCGUCGCCGUGGACGAAGAGACCGAGGCUCCUGCAACUACCGAGGUCGGAGAGAAUGCGGCUGAACAAGAGGUGGAUCAGCAGCGUGUGGUGAUCGACUGACUUCGGCCUAUUCCCCUCUUUUCUCUUUUUUUUUUUUUGUAAUGAUAAUGUACUGUUUUUAGUACAAUUAAUGAAAAGAAAACGUGUUAUAUUUUAAUGUUUGUAUGGGUGCGUGAGCUCAUAGUUCCUGUUAACAAACAUUAAAACGUAAU